AUGAAAAACGUUGCUAGCCAUUUAUUUCGUGGUAAACAAGCCUCAUCAACACUCUCUUUCUCUCGGUUUUUCAGAGGUGUAGUUUUUGGUGUUGAUACACUUGGUUCAGACUCUAACCUCUCACUUCGGAAAUCUUUGUCCAAUCAUCACCAUACAAGGAACACUUCGGUACGCUCUUUCCAUACAUUAUCUUCCUUGUUGGCAAAAGAUGAAGUAACAACAAAAAGUCUUUCUUCUUCUACCGGACCGGGAGGAAACGGAAGUGGUGCUGAGCACAACCAUGUAGAACAACCAACUGCUUCUGAUGAUCCCAACCAAAAAUCAAUCUGUAUGGCACCACAACCAACAGCUAAUAAUAACUCUCCCAUUCAAGUAGUGUCCACAAUAGCUCUCUCCUUCACUAAUUACGAGGAGUGGACAAAGGAAGAAGUUGCUUCUAUCCUUUGUAUGAAGAAAGGUGAAGGUGGAGCCUCAUUGACCGUUGAUGAUGUCAAACCUCUCGUUGACGCUGGUUUCAAAGGAAACUCUCUUGAUAACAUUGUUCAUAACAUCAAAGAGGUCGGAAGGCAAGCUGCUAUUUCUUUGUUACAAGACAAGUUCAAGGACAAGAAUGGGAUGAUUGAACUUCGCCUUUCUGAUACUUGUUCAAGCGUGGUAAAUUGGGUGUACAAUACUUUGAUGCCCAAUCUUCAAAUUGAACCAUUUCAUUAUUUCCCAAGAAGCGAAAGAGAACUCUUAACCAAAGCAGAUGAAAUUCUUGAAGGUAAUAUUGAUUCUGAUGCAAAACGUACCAACCUACCAGAGACGUAUAAACAGUGGUACUUGUCAUUCUGUAAUUUAGUAAUCAAGGGCCAAGCUCAAGGUAAAAGAACUCACUCUGAAAAAGAAAAUUACUCUGUCGAUUUACUGAAACUCUUUUCAAAUGCAAGAGAUAUUAUAUUCAGCAACGUAAAUACAGACAGUAUAUUGAACAAAUCGAAUUUUGAGACAGUCAUGAAUAACAUGGUGAAUGAUCUUUUAAAGAAAAAGGAUCUUGAAAAGGAGUUUUUUAUGAGGAAUUUGCUUACUCCCUUUAACACACGCUGUCCAUCCCAAUUUGUCAGAGAUGUUUUUGUUCCAACUAACUCCACAAUGAUAACAAAAGAUUUGUUUCCAUUCCUCCCAAAAUUACAAGUCGAUCUGUUUAAUGAAAGUGAAAGAAAGACGUUGGACCAAAAAAUUCGUGAUGGAUCAACAAUUUGCGUGAUUGGGCCCUCAGGUGUGGGUAAAACUGCUUUGCUUGCAAGAAGAUUAGGAGUCAAUCCAGGAAUUAUGAUAACAUGUACAUCUCUGUCUGAUCGGCAACAUCUUUCGGAACGUGGAACUGACCAAGCUUCUGAUAAGUUGAGAGAAACAUUUGUACUCACCAUGACACAAUCUGUUAUCAAGCUCUACGCUACUGCUGCUCAACAAGUUCAAUGUAAUUUUAUUGCAAGAUUACUGUGCCUUCAUACUGCAUUAACCAUCUGGGAACAAACGGAUAACAAAACACCUUUCGAAACUCCUCUUCAAAUGUUAUCCUACUCUCAAUGGAACGGCAAUACAAAGACUGUAGCAAAUAUAUUCAACACAUUGUUGGAACGUCAAUGGCUUUCUUUACCAACUGAAACUUUAAGAGAUUUCACAAUAUUUUUGAUCGAACAAUUAUAUUCAAGGUUGAAGCUGGAUAAGCAACCAUUUAUUAUUGCUGUUGACGAGGCAAAUAUUUUCUCUAUUCUCCAUACUCCAAUGUUAUCUGCGAACGGUACACCCAGGGAUUUAUUGUCACUGAUUGCAUUCGAAAUUUCUCAACUUAGAAAGAAGACUUAUAUGAAAAUUAGUGAUAUUUAUUGUGGAACCAUGUUUACAACUGACAUUGUUGAUAUUAUUCAAUCAUCGAUUGGAAAAUUAGAGGAUGUUUGCCAUGUUUACUCCUGCGUUGGUUUAGAUUCCAUCACUUUUGAGCAAGCAUUACAAAUAUUAGACAAAAUGUAUGAUAUUGAAGCAAUUUUAAAAUCGUCCAAUAUCUCCAAAAUUGAUCUUUAUCACUCUAUUCAACACAUAUUCCCAACAAGAAGAAGAGUAGUUGGGCUUGUUGCCUCUUAUUUAGAAACAACAAAAACUCUCGAUAUUGAAGAAAGUUUCAGAAGAAAGUGGAAAGAGUUUGUGGAUCAGGUGGAAAAAAAUGUUUUACAUAGAUUUGAUUGUAAGAAGUCAACAGACCGUCUUGAUCUUAAUUUUUUGUUGGACGUAGUAAUCACAAAUGAAUAUGAUGCCUUUUUAGGGAAAUCAAUUUCUUGCGACAGAACAUUAGCUUCUUCAUUAAUAGGAACUGGAUUAGCAAAACCAAAUUUUGACUUUUAUGAUACUAACAGCGAUAUGUAUCAUUUUGAUACCUCAGACCCAAUUCUUAAACAUGUUGCAAAAGAGGUUUUAGAAAAGAAAUAUCCAAACUCAAUUACAAAAAUCAGUAACCCAAUCUCAGUGUUGAAUUUGCUAUUAUCUCUCCCUCAACAUGACCCUAAGAAAUGGGAAAUGGUAUUUUCUCUUUUAUUGCAACACCAUAGUGGAAAGUGUAUUAGGGACAACUUGAUCCUUUCACCAUUAAUAUUAGGUGAGAAUACAACAACCGAGAUAAAUGACAAAUCAAACACUGACACAACAUCGGAGAAAAAGAAAAGACCAUAUACUCUAUUACUUGACCACAAAUUUGUGAUCAAAUCAUUUAUUCGAACUAACGAUUUUUAUCGCAAGCAUUACACAUCAAAAUGGGCCCAAGAAGUCCUCACAAACACUGACAAUAUUGACAGCAAUAUGUUGGGAGAUAUUUUAUACUUUCAUUGUUUGUUGAACUAUAACAAACAUAUAGAAGAGAGUUCUACUAACAAUACCAUUACAUUUAAAGACCUUAUUGAUGGGGUAUAUUUUUAUCCCUCUUUGAAUUGUCAUGCUGAUGGUAUUUGUUUAAACUUUUCAGAGCAACCUUACGGUAUUAUUGUGAGCAACAAAUUACAUAAUUGCCAGAGAAAAACAUUUUUAGACCAGAUUAGAAACGGCGUCAAGUGUGUGAAUGCGAAUAAUUUCUACAAAGCAAAAUUUGGCCCAGAAGUAAUUGGAAACUGUAGGACCUGGUGGACGACUGAGAAACAGGAGUUUCUAGCAACAUUAACUAAGAAUGAGAGACUAAUACCUCUCGUGGCACAUAUACAUGUAAAAUAUCAACAAAUCACAACAAAGAAAGGUGAAGGUUUUACUAAAGAUUAUUCUGAAGGAGGAAAAUAUUUAAUUCUGAAUCCAGAUUCAAAUGAUUUAAUGUCACUCUGUCCUGAUUUGUUUAAACUUUUACAGAAGAAUCUAUUUAAUACUGCGAUUAUUGAUAAUUUGAACACAGAGGAGCAUGAAUGA